AUGGUUCUUUUUCUGGGAUUUCAUAGGCAGUACCUCCUAGUCGUUCCUUCUGUCUUGCAUGGUGAUGCCCCAAUUACUGCAUGUAUACAUCUUUUCAACUUCAAUGAGUCCGUAAAUCUGAAUGCUGUUCUGGAAUACGGAGGACAGAACACCAGUAUUUUGACAGAACAUGGGAUAGGACAGAACUUCUUCAAAUGCCACAGCUUCCUCAUCUCUUCUGCUAGCUCCAACCCUCUGGCGUUCAUCCUCAUGUCUAUCAAAGGAGCUUAUAACAAUGUGUUGGUGAGGAGAGCCGUUGCUAUACAAAACAGAGGCAGUAUUGUCUUUAUCCAGACAGACAAAUCCAUCUACAAGUCUGGACAGAAGGUGCUCUUUCGAGUUGUGGCUUUGGAUACACACUUCAAACCAGUUCCUGAGAUUUAUCCAUUAAUUACCAUCCAGUUAACAAUGAUCAUGAGUCUUGUGCCGCCUGAAACUCAACAGAUAUCAGUUAAAUCUCUUUUGGAGGAGAAGAGAAAGGAAUGCAACCUGUUCCAGAGAGAGGUGCCCCGCGGCGCGCUGGAGGCUCUGCGGUCCAGAGCAGCUCGGUCCAUUGGCGCUGCUGCAGCUCGGCCUGAGAAGGAACUCCGGUCAUGUGCUGCUCCUGUUCAGCCCGCGCCGGGGCAGCGCCAAGCAAUCUUUGUCGCUGCAAUAAAGCUCAGGCGGCGAGCUUGUGCAGGACUCCUCGCCAGUCGCGAACCUGGAGUUCUGGAUCCUCAAAGAAAUCGAAUAUUUCAGUGGAUAAAUGUUACAUCUGAGGUUAACAUCGUCCAGCUGUUUUUCACAUUAGUUUUAGAGCCAAUUUUAGGAAUCUACCAAAUCACUGUGCAGAAGAAAUCAGGGACCAAGAUCUCCCAUUCUUUCACUGUGGAUGAAUAUGUAUUACCAAAGUUUGAUGUCACAAUCAGCGCACCCAAAACUGUCUCUGUGGAGAAUCCUGAUUUCAAAGUGAAGGUGUGCAGUGUAUACACCUAUGGGCAACCAGUUGAGGGAAACGUUCAGCUCAGUGUAUGUAGAAAUAUCAAUUUUUAUGGAACCUGCAAGAAAGAUCCUGUCUGUGAAUCUGUUAACAAAAAACUAGGCAAGGAUGGCUGCCUUUCCCAUAUCUUUAGCUCCAAGACUUUUGAACUUAAUCGUUCAGGUUAUUGGAUGAAUCUUGAUGUGAAAGCUGUUGUUACAGAAAAAGGAACAGGGGUACAGAGUGACCGUUUGGCCUCCAUUUCAAUUUCUCGGGUACUAGGAACAGUGACUUUUGAAAAUAUGGAACAAAACUACAGAAGGGGGAUUUCAUAUUGUGGACAGUUGAAACUGGUUGAUGUUGAUAACUCUCCCAUUGCAAAUGAGGUCGUCCAACUAUUACUUAACAGCAAAAAUGUGGGCAAUUACAGCACCAGUGCAAAUGGCAUGGCUCAGUUUUGCAUUGACACCUCCGAGAUCUUGAGCCCAGAUUUCUCUCUUAGGCUAAUAUAUAAACCCAACGAAAAUUGCAACAGUGAUGGCUGGAUAAUACCUUACUAUCCAGAGGCCUAUUAUUCAGUCCAACGCUUCUAUUCCAGGACAGAGAGUUUUAUAAAGAUACAACAGGUCUUUGAAGAUCUGCAUUGUGACCAGUUCAGACUGAUCAAAGUGUUUUAUAUCCUGAACAAUAUCCCAAAUUCACCCCAAAACUUAAAAGGAAGGAGGACGGCAACCUUCUACUACUUGGUACUGGUGAAAAACAAAAUUGUCCAUUUCAAUAAGUACACUGUCUCCCUUAGUCAUGCUUCCAAAGGCUCCUUCAACAUCCGACUAAAGGUCAGUUCAAGCCUGGCUCCAGUUGCCACGCUGCUGGUCUACACUCUCCAUCCAGAGAGGGAGGUGGUUGUUGAUACUGCCAGGUUCCAGAUAGAAAAGUGCUUCAAAAAUAAGGUAAAACUUCAGUUUUCUGAGAAGCAAGCUCUCCCAGCUUCAAAAGUCAGACUCCAUAUUAAAGCUGCUGAUAGUUCUUACUGUGCCCUGCGAGCUGUGGAUCAGAGUGUCCUUCUCUUAAAACCAGAGACAGAAUUGUCAGCUAAAAGUGUCUACAGUCUGCUCCCCUAUGAUAUGUUUGGUUAUUACUUCAAUGGGCUCAACCUAGAGGAUGACCCCGAAGAGCCAUGCCUCCCAUCCGACAACAUUUUUUAUAAUGGCUUGUUUUAUGUUCCUGCUGCUAUCAGUUAUGGCCCAGAUGCCUAUGAACUUAUAAGAAAUACAGGUAUAAAGUUUGUAACCAAUUCUGGGAUACGACAACCAGUUUUAUGUUCAAGCAGACACUUUCCAUCUUCAUUUUCUCUUGAAACAGUUGGUCGCUUCUCUACAAGUACAGCUGGUCCUUCCUUUGCAGAGCCUGUUCCUCCUCCACCACCAAGUCCUGGGGAUGCAAUUGGAGAUCAUGUUAUUGUUGAAACUAUUCGAAAGUUGCUGCCAGAAACUUGGAUUUGGGACAUCAUUCCUGUCAAUUCAACUGGCCAUGCUGACCUCACCUACGUUGUACCUGAUACAAUCACAGAGUGGAAAACCAAUGCCUUCUGUGUGGACCAGGAGACUGGGUUUGGCAUCUCAGAGCCUGCAUCCCUCAUAGCCUUCCAGCCAUUCUUUGUGGACCUGACGCUGCCAUACUCCAUCAUUAGAGGGGAAGACUUCCUCCUUAAAGCUGUUAUCUUUAACUAUCUGGACAGAUGCAUCCAGGUCACUGCCUCUCUAGCACAAUCUCUGGAUUUUCAAGCCCAACUUAUAUCACCUGCAGGUGAUGAUAAAGACUGUGUGUGUGGCAAUGAGAGGAAGACCUACAUUUGGAAUAUCAUCACUAAAAAACUUGGUGAUGUAGUCUUCUCUGUUACUGCUGAAGCCCCACAAACAAGUACAGCUUGUGGAAAUGGAACAUCGGGGGGCCUAGAUGUGGGACGAAAGGACACCUUGAUUAGGACCUUGCUAGUUGAGCCUGAAGGAGUUGAAAAGGAAGUGACCCAAAGCCUUUUUGUCUGCCCCAAAGGUGCUAUGGUCUCUGAGCCAGUGUCUUUGAAACUUCCCGAAAAUCUAGUCGAAGGAUCAGCCAGAUCUUCUUUCUCCUGUAUUGGAGAUCUCAUGGGCACAGCCAUGCACAAUCUGCAGCAGCUUCUCCAGAUGCCCUAUGGCUGUGGGGAACAGAACAUGGCCCUCUUUGCACCCAACAUCUACAUCUUGGAGUAUCUGAAUGCAACGAGGCAGCUGACUGAGGAGAUCAAAUCCAAAGCUACAGAAUACUUAGUCACUGGGUACCAGACACAGCUUUCUUAUAGGCACCCUGAUGGGUCCUAUAGUGCCUUUGGUAGCAGAGACAAGGAAGGCAAUACCUGGCUUACCGCCUUUGUGUUCAAGAAUUUUGCACGAAGUUCCCAUCGCAUUUUUAUUGAUCCAGAUGUCCAAACUCAAAGUUUCAUCUGGCUGACUGGCAAGCAGAGAUCAGAUGGUUGCUUCCAGAAUGUUGGGAAACUCUUCAACAAUGCUCUAAAGGGAGGAAUACAGGAUGAAUUUUCACUGGCUGCCUAUAUCACCUCUGCUUUGCUUGAAUCUGGACUUCCUACCUCGCAUUCAGUGGUCCGAAAUGCCCUGUAUUGUCUGGAGGCUGGAUUAGAAAAAGGAACUAUUACUAUUUAUGACCAAGCUCUCCUGGCCUAUGCCUUUGGCUUAGCUGGUAAUAAACUCAAACUAGAUUUGUUACUGGAUAAACUGAUGGAAUCAGCUAAGAAGGAAGGGGGCUCAUUACACUGGGAACGAGAUGAUAGGCCACCUACAGAACAGUCUCCCUCUUUCUAUCCACGUGCUUCAUCGGCGGAGGUUGAGAUGACUAGCUAUGUGCUUUUGGCAUUGCUGACUAUACCCAACAUAACUCCAGAGCAAAUGACAAUAUCAUCACAGAUCGUGCAGUGGAUGUCCCAGCAGCAGAAUCCCAAUGGAGGCUUCUCUACCACACAGGACACGGUUGUAGCUAUACAAGCUUUGGCUCAGUUUAGCCAACUUACCUUCUCUGAGGAUGGUCAGAAUUCUGUCAAGAUCCAUUCUAAUAAACCUUUUGAGAAAGUCUUUGAGGUAGCCAGUAUCAACCGACUAUUGCUGCAGCAGACUUCCUUGCCUGAUGUUCCAGGAGAGUAUUUAGUUGACGUGAAUGGGAGUGGAUGUGUCUUUAUACAGACAACUUUGAGGUACAACAUAAACCUUGCACAAAAAUCUUCUGGUUUUUUUCUUUCUGUGCACACAGCAAAUGCUUCUUGUGCAGGCAGCUUCCAAACCACAUUUGCCAUAAACAUCUCAGCCAGAUAUACUGGGAAGCGUAAUCAUUCCAACAUGGCCAUCAUCGAUGCAAAGAUGCUCACAGGAUUUCUACCUGAUCAGUCAUCCUUGCAAAAAACUCAUGCUCUUCCUAAUGUAAUGAAAGUGGAAAUUAAAAAAAACCAUGUGCUUUUUUAUCUGGAUGAACUUUCAAACAAGGAAAUAAGUUUCAGUUUCAUUAUUGUACAAGAUCUUAAUGUUGCCAAUCUCAGACCAGCAUCAGUACGGAUUUAUGACUACUAUGAAACAGAUGAGACCAGUUUUGCUGAAUAUGAAGCACCUUGCACUGCAGGAGUUCCUUGAGGCCUGUGGAAUUCAUGAAGGGACAAAGCUGCAUCCUGGCAAGGUAUUCCACAACCAGUCUCAGCAGCACAUGAAGGGGUAUGGUGAACAGAGAUACAACUUUACAGCUGGAGAUGUUGCUGUAAGAGAUGAUUGUAGCAGUUCUGU